AAAGCAAUUUUAAAGUCUUUAUCAAAAAGGUUACCAAAUUUUUGAAGGAAAAAAAACCAAAAAUGGUUUUGAAAUAGUCCAACACAAAGAAGCUACCGGACCUCAAAUUCUCAAUUCAAUAGGUUUAAUAACAUCUCAUCAGUCUUCCAGUCUACUGAAAAUUCAUAUUCAUAUUCAGAUGUACCUAAGCUUGGUUUCCAAACAAUUCAUAGGACUCAAUAAACACAUUUGGUGGGUGAGGAAUAAGAGUAGAGAGUUACUCAGCUGACAUGGGGAGAUCAUCAGGUGUUGGGUGUCUUAGAAUCAUCACAUUUGGCCAGGACUCUAGAAAAGUUAGGCCCAGGAGAAAUGGUCAGGAAGGGGAAGAAUUACAGAAGAAUGCUUCUAAGAGUAGAUGGAGUUUCCGGAAAAGAGCUUCUCAUCAUCGGGUGCUUAGAACCACCGUGGUAAAUGAAACAUCGUCCUCAAGUGCAGAGAGAAAUGAUAAGGAAUUAGUUUAUGAGCAGGACAAGCAGGCAAUGCCUGUAAGCACAGAAAAGAUUACCCUCUCAACAUUGAUGGAGAAUACAUCAGUAAAUGAAGAAAUUACAGUGAUACCAAGCACAAUGGAAACAAGUGUCAGUUAUGCUGUUGAAAGUGGUGAUAAUGCUAAUAAAAGCAUGGAAGUAAAUUCAGCCAUCAAGAUCCAGGCAGCUAUCAGGGCAUAUUUGGCGAGGAGAACAUUUUGCCGUCUUAAAGGCAUUGUGAGAUUACAAGCCCAUGUUCGUGGGCAGUUAGUUAGGAAACAGGCUGCAAGAACUUUGCGUUGUGUGCAAGCAAUCAUCAAAUUGCAAGCUUUGGUUCGUGCUCGUCAAGUCAGAUUAUCAGAACAAGGAUUGGCCAUUCAAGAGAGACUUCAACUUAUACGACAACAAAAUGGUUCAGAACAAAGCAAAUUGGAGAGGAAUAGUUCAAAUCCUUCAUUGAACAACAGUUGCAUUCUAGCAGGGAAGCUAUUUGCUAAUGGAUUUGCUCGUCAGCUUUUAGAGACUGUACCAAAGGCAGAUUCUCCGCAUAUGGAGUAUGACCCAGAUGAUUCCAAUUCAGGAUGGAAAUGGUUGGAACGUUGGAUGUCUGUGUCCUCCAGGGAGUCUAAUUUGUUGGUUCAACCAAAGAAUGGCUUGGAUCAUCAACAGCAAAUUGAGAAAGCAGUCUCUUUAGAGGCCAAAGAGAUAAUAAAGGAGUUAAAUUCAAAGCAAGCUCCAAAUUUGGACCAGCCUGAGGUUAAAGACAAGACACAGAUUUUUAGCUUGACGAGGGAAUUGAAUUCAACAUUAAAUUCAACUUCAGAUCAGCUUCAACCUGAAGAUGGGAGGAACAUUGAUAGCUCAAGAAAGGUGUCAAAAUCAAUAGUAGAUUCUAUUGCAGAUCAGCUGAGCAAGCAGUUGAAAGAAGUGUCAAGUUCAGGUUCUAGUAAGCAUGAUGUUCAAAAUGAGGACUCUGAUUUUACUUUAAAAGAGGCUUCAGCAUUAGCAUUGGAUCAUGUUUCAAAUCAGCAUGAAACUGAGUCUGAGAGAUGCAACAAUAACUCAAGAAAUGUGCAAUCUCCAAAAUGUGACUCUGUUUCUGAUAAUUCAAACAACCAGUUGAGAAAUUUGUUCAAUUCAAUUUUGGAGCCUGUUUUGGAUCAGUCUCGAGUUGAAUCUGAUCGUUCUCAGGUAACCUUAAAACAGAAAAUACAUCCAACAGUGGAUUCCUGUUCUUAUCAGACAAAAGUUGAUGGUGACAACUUAACAUGCAAUUUGACAAAAGGACCAAACUCAACUUCUGAUUUGGUCCCACACUUGCCUGAACCAAGAAAUGAUAUUUCUGCCCACAACUCGAAAGAGAAUUUGAACGUUAUACCAGAUUCUGUUUCAGACCAGCAAAACAUAGAGGGUAAGGAUGACUCAAAUGCAAUGACAGAUUCUUUGUAUGAGGUAAAUAAUGAAUCUAAAAAUUCCAAUUGUAGCUUGAGCAAGGUGUCAGAUUCAACAAGCGAUUUAUAUUUGAAUCAGCAAAAGCAGGAGGUUGAGAAUUCUCUGUUGAACUAUAGUGAUGUGUCAAAUUCAACGUCAAAUAUUGUACUGGAUUUGAAUGAGGCAAAAACUGAAAGUCCUAAUUGCAGUUUGGAACAGACAUCAAAUAUGAAACCACAUAUUAUUCCAGUUCAGGUUGAGGCUGAAGCUGCGAAAUGCACUCAUAGCUCAAAGAGGUUGUCAACUUCAAAGUUGGAUUCUGUCCUAGAUCAGCCUAAUGUUAUGAAAAAGUUUUUGAAUUCAACAUUCGAGUCCAAUUCUGAGCAGCUUAAGUAUGAAUCUGAGAAAAAUAUGUCUAGCUCAGAAAAGAUGGAAAAUUUGGCAGUGUUUUCUUCAGAUGACACUAGUGUGCAGCCAGAAAAGGUAUCAAACUCAGAAACAGAUUAUGUUGCAAAUCGGCCCAUAAAUGAACCAGAUCCACCAUUUAAUUCUAUGUCAGAUCAAAUUAAGUCUCCUAUUGAAGCUGACAAUUUUAAAUGUAAUGAGGAUAAAUUAUCAAGUUCAAUAGCUGAUUCUGUUUCAGAUAAGCUUGAGGCUAAAUCUGAGAAGUCAAUGCCCAACUUAACAGACAUGUCCACUUCAGUUUGUGCUUCAAAUGCAAAGGAAUCAAUGUCUGGUGAGUUGCACAGAGUGCAGGAACCUGUUCCGAUUAUUCAGGGGUCAUCCUCCAUUCAGUUUUCUGCAAGAAGUUCACCUGAAAGAUCAGAUGAUUCAACAGUACAGAAAAACGUUGUCUCUUGUGGUGACUCCAUUUCCAGCAAUCCGGUUAAGGUUGAAUCACCUAUAGAAAAUGAUUCUGAAAAUUCUGUAAUCAAUAGGAAGGCUACAAGAAAACAGAAAUUUCCGAUCUCUGGGAAAUCUGAUCAUUCACCAAGCAACUCUCAAGUAAUUCCAUCUGUUCCUCAUUACAUGGCUGCCACAGUAUCAGCAAAAGCAAAGGCCCGUCCUCAUAACUCUCCAAAGUCCAGUCCAGACAUCCAUGAGGAUGCUACUAAUGCAAAGAGAAGAAACUCUCUACCAGGUUCACAUGGAAAGCAACAAUCUGUGUCUCCACGGAGGUCACUAACUCAAUUUCAAAGAUCUUCCAAUGGGAACAGUGUUCUUUCCCCAACAGCCUCCUUGGAAAAACAAAAGCAUGAGUGGCGAAGGUGAUAAAUUUGGUCCAUGUUUUACCUACUACUUGAGUCUUUAAGAGAUCAUUCAAGUGGCUAAGGAAACUGGAUGCUGAAAAAGGACCUUGUGUAAAAUGUUGAAAACAUUAGGUUCACUUCAGGUCCUUCGGUCGAGUGGGUUCCCAACUUCCAUGCAGGUUCUUGAGUUCUACAAUGCAAUGCAGAUUGUUGGAAUUAAGGCUAAACCUGAAGUAUGCCAGUGUGCUUAAUAUGUUGUAAUUUGUAAAUAAAAAAAUUAUACCCAGAUUGAGAUUGUAAGUUUGCAUCCUAAGAUCUUUCCUGAUCUAUGAAAAGUUGUGUUGUUUGGUGUCUGCUUGGAUAGCGGUUCAAUGGCAUUCGAGUUUUAUAUUUAAAGCUGUCAAGCUAUAUUUGUAUGUCCAGCUCCAGUUUAAGCAUCUUUAGUAGUUUCAGAAGCAUUGUAUUUUGUCAGUCCUAAUAAUUGAUGAAGCUUAGCUGUUGCACUGAGUUAUGCUCUGAAUAGUUCAAGAUUGAAUCUGGGCAUUAUCUCCA